UAUUACAGGCUCUAUAACCCAACCAAGCUUACGAUUCUCCCUCUACACACUCCACCACACUCCACCCCUCCUCCCUCAAGAUCACAUUUCGCCAUGUCCGCCACCACCGUCGCCGCCGCCGCCACGGCCUCCUCAUUCAUGGGCACCCGCCUCCCGGAGGUGAACGGAUCGAGUCGGGUCCAGGCCAGGUUCGGAUUCGGAACCAAGAAAGCUGCACCAAAGAAAGCAAAGAAAGUCAUCCCAGACCGCCCAUUGUGGUUCCCAGGAGCAAAGUCGCCUGAAUAUCUCGACGGAACCCUCGUCGGCGAUUACGGGUUCGACCCAUUCGGUUUGGGCAAACCCGCCGAGUACUUGCAGUUCGAUUUGGACUCCCUUGACCAGAACCUAGCCAAGAACUUGGCCGGUGACAUCAUCGGAACCAGAACCGAGCUCAGCGACGUGAAAUCAACGCCGUUCCAGCCGUACAGCGAAGUUUUCGGCCUUCAGAGGUUCAGAGAAUGCGAGCUCAUCCAUGGUAGGUGGGCCAUGCUCGCUGUUCUCGGCUCCUUGACCGUCGAGUGGCUCACCGGCGUCACCUGGCAAGACGCCGGAAAGGUUGAGCUGAUCGAUGGAUCAUCGUACCUUGGGCAACCACUUCCAUUCUCCAUAUCCACAUUGAUCAUUAUCGAGGUGCUCGUGAUCGGGUUCAUCGAGUUCCAGAGGAACGCAGAACUUGACCCGGAACAGAGGCUAUACCCGGGUGGGUCCUACUUCGACCCAUUGGGCCUUGCAGCUGACCCGGAAAAGAAGGCAACCCUUCAGCUGGCUGAGAUCAAGCACGCCCGCCUUGCAAUGGUGGCGUUUUUGGGCUUUGCAGUCCAGGCUGCGGCCACUGGAAAAGGACCACUCAACAACUGGGCGACCCAUUUGAGUGACCCGCUCCACACAACCAUUUUGGAUACCUUCGGAUUUUUCUCCUAAGCAAUUUGUUUGUUUAUGGAUCUUUUUUUAAUAGUUGAGAACAUGUUAAUUAGUGCAUAAUGAAAUGAACUUUGAAUGUUCUCAUCGUCUUGUAUAAACUGUAAUACUAUCACUAUUAUAUUAUUUGACAUUGUUAAUUAACUCCU